GUGGCCGCAGGGCGCACUGCACUGUCCCGCACACUCAGCUCCUGACAUGGAAGAGAGCGCCGCGGAGCUGAGCACACCGACCGUCAACAGCAAGAGGCUGCCCCGCCAAUACUCGGCGCGCCAGAUCAAGCACUGCAAAAUCUCUGUCCUCAGCAAAGUGUGCUAUGCCAUAGGCGGAGCCCCCAACCAGGUGGCAGGGAGCGCAGCAGCCUUUUUCCUGCAGAUAUAUCUGCUGGAUGUAGCUCAGAUUACUCCUUUCGAGGCCUGUCUGGUGCUGAUCAUUGGGAAAACCUGUGGAGGAAUCACAGAUCCUGUUGUCGGAUUUUGCAUUAAUAAAAGCAAAUGGACUGUAAUUGGACGACUGAUGCCGUGGAUUUUGGGGUGCACCCCGUUUCUCGUACUCUCUUAUUUCUUCUUGUGGUUUGUUCCUCCCUUUGUCACCGGAAGAGUCCUGUGGUAUUUGCUGUUCUACUGCUCCUUCCAAGCACUGAGCACGAUUUAUCACGUCCCGUACACAACGCUGACCAUGUUUCUUAGCACAGACCAGACAGAGAGGGAUUCGGCGACUGCGUACCGAAUGACCAUGGAGGUUCUUGGGACUCUCAUUGGAGCCGCUCUACAAGGGCAGAUAGUGGCGAGCGCCCACACCUCUCAUCACUGUCACGUGGACUAUGGGACAGUGAACAUUUCCAUGAAUGCCACCUACUCCCUGGUGAACAGCACCAUCUUAGUUCCAGGAUCAGCAGACUACAAGCUGCACGCUAGGAAUGUCUACAUGAUCUCUGCUGGCGCAAUCGGCUGUAUAUAUGUGCUCUGCACGGCUGUCAUGUUUCUAGGAGUCAAAGAGAGAAAUGAUUCCUAUGCCAGGUCUACAGGGAAGUUUAUGCCAUUUUAUAGCGGUUUCAAAAAAUCUAUGCGGCACGGGCCGUACUGUUACCUUAUAGCCUCAUUCUUCUUUAUUUCAGCUGCUGUCCAGCUUCAGCAGAGCAAUUUUGUCCUUUUUUGCACGCACGCUGCAGGAGACUUACGGGAUCACUUCCAGAACUUGGUGCUGACCAUCUUGAUUUCCGCGGUCUUGAGCAUCCCGUUCUGGCAGUGGUUCCUACAAAGAUUUGGCAAGAAAGCAGCAGCAUUUGGAAUUUCUUGCAUGAUCCCUUUUGCCAUCCUGCUGGUGACCAUCCCCAAUGUGAUUGUAGGCUAUGCGGUAGCGGUGUCAUCAGGAUUGAGCAUUGCGGCAUCUCUGCUCCUGCCAUGGUCCAUGCUUCCUGACGUAGUGGAUAAUUUCCGUCAAAUGAACCCUCGCGUGAAUGGACUGGAGGCCAUAUUCUACUCCUCAUAUGUCUUCUUCACCAAGCUGUCUGCAGGGAUCGCACUAGGAAUUUCUACUCUGAGCCUUCAAUUUGCAGGUUACAGCAGUGGAGCUUGCAGGCAGUCCUAUCAUCUGGUGCUGACGCUCCAGCUCCUCAUUGGUGCGGUCCCAGCAGUCCUCAUUAUCCUAGGACUUAUCAUCCUCAUCUUUUACCCAAUUACAGAAGACACAAGGAAGGAAACAGAGCUUAUACUCAAUAACAUAAGGUUGCAGACUCGACGCUCAACCCUUAUCGUCAUCUAAUCCAACGUCCAUCGCUGGAGAGACGAGCCUACAACACAGGAACAACUACCACGUAAAACCUUCAACUCCAUCAGUGGAGUAACCAGAGUAUGGAAACCAUCGUCAGCAGCCGGUCGCCAUCCUGAGGUCAGCAUAAGAGCCGUGAAGAGAACCUUUGGAGUAGCAUUGCAUUGUAUCUUCCUAUUGGCAGUGUAACACUAUAUUUUUCCCAUAAUGGGGGCAGAUAGUUUUUGUGCCUGUGAUAAAAAAUGUUACACUUGUAAGAAUUUUUCGAUGUGCAGUAAUUAUAUUAUAAUGUGUGGGUUUCCUCCCACACUCCAAAGACACACUGACAGGUAACACAGAUUGGAAGCCCCAUUGGGGACAGCAAGCAAUGAUAAUGUCUGUAAAGCGCUACGGAAAAUGUUGGCGCUAUAAAAGUGAGUUAAAUAAUAAUAAUAAUAUAACAGCUUGGGCACACACGGUGUGAGUACAGCCCAUUUUCCAUAGUAAAUGCAUCAACAGUGUUACCCAUGGAACCAUCAGAUUUUGCCCUUCAGUUUCUAAAAUUAUACAUGGGCUCUCUAUUUGUGGUUGCCAUGUGUUCUCCUGGGUUUGGAGACAGUUUUGUUACCUGGGGUUGUCCCAUGAAAAAUAUUCUACUGUUUUCAAUCCAGCACCUGGAUCUGAAUAAUUUUGUAAUUACAUGUCAUUAAAAAUGUAU